ACGAAAUCAGUUACCGUCGGACGUUCGCACCGAUCGGUUGCAAACAGCCUCAGAGAUAGCGCUGAUACAAACUUUUUUUCUAUCGCUUGCGCAAAUCAUCAGUGAUCAUCAAGAGUAGUGAACCCCUGGUGUACCAUGUCCAUCGAGUACGGAGAUUUUAAAGAAUACAACGAGUACAAGAGCAAAGAUUUCGAGAUGAACGUCAAUGUGAAUGAUUCCGCUAUCGGGAACGAGUCUCCGCAGUCGAAACAACAAGUGUACAGAUUUGUACAGCCGCUAAUGGCGCCACCCGCAGGCGAAAUUAAGCAGGAAGCGGAUAGCACAUCCCCCCUGCUGACGCCCCCGCACACGCCCACUUAUAGUCCGCCUCCUGCGGCACCGGCCGCCUUCUACCACCACGCCGCGCACCCCGUGCAGCAACCGCACCACCCGCAGCAUUACCAUCCAUACGCGCCGCCCCACGCGCAGGAAUACGCCGGCUUCGGAUCGAUGUCCCCGUACAAUGCGCUCUUCAUGAACCAAUGGCUGCGCAACGCAGCGCUGUAUCAUGCGCGCCUGCAGCAGCAGCAGCAACAACAGCACCACCACCAUCAUCAUCAUGCCGCCGACGUGCGCACCCCGGGCCGCCCACCUGCACCCCUCAAAAUGACUGGCGGCAGCGCGCGCCCCAAGAAGCAGUUCAUCUGCAAGUACUGCAACCGGCAGUUCACGAAGAGUUACAAUUUGCUCAUCCACGAGCGCACCCACACUGAUGAGCGACCAUACUCCUGCGACAUUUGCGGCAAGGCAUUCCGGCGGCAGGACCAUUUGAGAGACCAUAGGUACAUCCACAGCAAGGAAAAGCCCUUCAAGUGCACCGAAUGCGGCAAGGGUUUCUGCCAGUCGCGCACCCUUGCGGUGCACAAGAUCCUCCACAUGGAGGAAUCUCCGCAUAAAUGCCCAGUCUGCUCGCGGUCCUUCAAUCAGCGCUCCAACCUGAAGACACACAUGCUCACACACAGCGAGCGCACAUGGGAGUGCACCGCAUGCGCGCAGAUGUUCUCCUCCUAUGGCGAUCUCAAAACACACGAGGUGCUCGUGCAUGCCGCGAAGGAGACACCCGAUCUCCUGCAAACCGCGGAUUCCACCCGCUUUGGGCUUGACCUCAGCACCCGGAAAACAGAGCGUGAGGUCGAUGACGCCGAUGAUCAGGAGGAGAUCAAUGUAGAUGAUCACGACGACGAGCAGGAGAUCACCACCAUGCCGGAGACCACCAGCUCCGUGCAGCAGAAGAAGAAGCCGCUGGGCUUCAGCAUCGAGGACAUCAUGAAGCGAUAAACAGUUUUAGUAGAGUCGAAUUGGCUGGAGCGAUUCAUUUCUGCGCACUUACAACUUCAAGUAAAUCUCGGCGUUGAUUUUUUUUCUUGAGGAGAAGAAAGUAAUUUCCAGAGGAACAAUGUCUUUAUAAAAAAAAUGUAAUUUUUAUUUAUGUAACGCAAUCGUGCUUAGUUUAUAAUCGACGAUUAUUGCUUGAAGUUGCCAUGCGAAAUGUAAUCGCGCUCGGCAGGCACACGAAUAGGUAUUAUGUGUAACCAAAGAAUUAAUGAUUACCUCAAAAAUCAACACGAAAUCCAAAACACUACACACAAUGAGAGAGAAUUAGCAUUGCUGCGUUAUGGUUGUUUAUUUUUAAGUUUUCUUUAUUAUUUUUUUUUUUGUAUAUUUAAAAUUUAGUUACAAGUAUAUUACUUUAAAGUUUAUGGUUGAAGACUGAAAACAUAAUUUAGUUACCUUUUAAUGUCAAAGAUAUAUCCACGAAUUUGUAUUGAGUGAACCGCAAAACGAUGUUAAACGAAUUAUUUUUGGGGAUUUUCUGUAAAUUUGUAGAUAGACUUGAUUAAAAGAAUUUGUUUUUAAGUUAAAAA